AUGUCGACCAUUUCAACGGAAAACCCGUCUUCCCCCAACGCCAUUCCAAUUCGCUACAGCUCCGCCGGUGUCCCCAAUGGCCUUCAUCAACAGCCUUCAAAAUCCGUCCUCAAGCCUCUACCAGAGGAUUCUUGGAUUUCAUCGAAGCACCAUUCGAUGCCGCCAGCGCUGAUCCCGACACCUGUCCUCUCCGACCAUACGAACAGCCUCAAACGCAAUCACUCAAAAAAACGGUCUGCCCCCGAGAAUCUGAUAUCUAGGCGACUCGGAGAAUGGUCACCACAGAAAGAGAAGAUAAUCCUGGGCCCUUAUGACUACCUGUUUGCCCACCCUGGAAAGGAUAUCCGCUCAGCCUUGAUCAAGGCGUUUGAUGCCUUCCUACAUGUCCCGCCAAAGUCUUUGGAUAUUGUCACAAAGGUUGUGGGGAUGUUACAUACAUCCUCGCUCCUCAUCGACGAUGUGCAGGACAACAGCGUGUUGCGACGAGGCAUUCCUGUGGCGCAUAACAUCUUUGGGACUGCGCAGACGAUCAACAGCGCCAAUUAUGUCUAUUUCCUUGCCCUGCAAGAGCUCCUGCACCUGGAAAAUAAAGAUGAGGCGAUAGAAAUCUUCACCACCGAACUUCUCAACCUUCAUCGAGGCCAGGGAAUGGAUCUAUACUGGCGCGACACCCUGACCUGCCCUACGGAGGACGACUAUUUGGAAAUGGUACAGAACAAGACCGGAGGCUUGUUUCGUCUAGCCGUCAAGCUCAUGCAGGCCGAGUCUCCAGAAAAAGGCCGUAUCGAUUGUGUCCCUCUUGUCAACCUGAUGGGCUUGGUUUUCCAGAUAUGCGACGACUACUUGAAUCUUUCUUCCAGCGCUUAUACGAAGAACAAAGGCCUAUGCGAAGACCUCACAGAAGGGAAAUUCUCCUUCCCCAUUAUCCACUCGAUAAGGAGUAACCCCUCCAAUCUGCAACUCAUCAAUAUCCUCAAACAGAAAACUACCGACGAGGAAGUCAAGCGAUACGCGGUAAAGUAUAUGGAGGGCACAGGCAGCUUUGAAUAUACUAAGAGGGUCGUGCGCGAGUUGAGGCUAAAGGCUGUAAAUCUAGUCUCGGAAAUGGAUGGGGGUUCAGGAAAGGGGGAUGAAGUCAAGUUGAUUCUGGACAAGAUUGCGGAGCCAGCACUUGUUGAAUCGGGACAAGGCUCAUAA